GUAAAGUAUACACUCCCCGCAGUUGGUAGCAUACAGCUACAGAAUAUUGAAGAAGCCGAUAAACACUCGACUUGAACGUUUGGGCAUAAAAGGUGAUUUAUAUUUCAAGUACGAAGGCUGGAAAGUUGGAGUUUCAAACAAAUUAAAAAUGGGAAGCACGCGCCAACAGCUUAUACUUUGGAUAGUUUUCAUGGGACAGUGCUUUGCAGAGGAGUCCACGACCAUCGUUCCGAAAAUGGAAGGACAUGCCAAUCACACUUCUUGGGACACAGCAAAUAUUGAAAGUCAUUCGAAAGUGCUUUCGAGGCGUAAACGGUACAUAGUCUUUCCAGAGGGGGCAAGUUUUUCGGUGGCUGUCUGUAUGACAAUCGGAGUGAUUGGAAAUCCUAAUUACCAAAUGUUCAGCUGGGCGAUGAAUUGGGGUAUAGCAUAUAAUUUACCCAAUCAGACGAUAAGCUUCCCGAACGAAAUGAUGGAGCCUAAGCCAAUGGCUCAACGAAGACAUCGACGUGAUUUAUAUCACAAGUUGGAGGUAGCCAUGGAUGACAUGGGCUACAGGGGCCGUGAAUGUAUUCUGCGAGCACUGUGCGAAAGUUCACAAUACUUCGGAAGGAAAGGAUCAAACAUGAUAUCGGAGAUGCUACGGACAUUGUUCAGUUUUCCGAAGUCCAAAGUGCUAUCGGUCGAGCACAGUGAUACCCGAAUCUACGAUGAAGCGCAUCGAAAAGGCAAAAACAAAGUAAUGUGCCAGUCACUGUACCCCUCGUGUGGAUUUUCAUUACUGGAGCUGGCGUUGGGAAAGUACACCAGCCCGUAUAGUUUUAUGUGAGUGUAUUUUUGAAAAUGAUAAUAAAUCUUUUAUGGACAUGGUUAGAAUGGAUAUAUAAUUAUAA